AGACAAAGCUUGGUUUUGUGAAUAAAUAUCUUCUCCCUCCCUUCGUUGUGUAUCUGCUUACUCACUUCGCUGACCGUUUUAACAGAACACGCAAGCAACACAUUCAUUCAUUUUCAUCCGUCUUCAACUGGACGCAAAUUUGUAAAUUCCAUUUCCAUUUCUCUGCUCGAAGCUUUCUGUUCAUUUCUCUACGUUUCGUUUUUUCGAGGAAUUGGUGGUGGAGUGCAUUGAAGAGAAGUGGUUCCGUGAGAGUGUUUUGUUUGGGGAGAGAACAUGGAUGUAGCUUUUAGGUUACCGCAGUCAAAUGUGGUAUUGGAUGGUUUGGAUUCUUGCACUGUAUUUGGCGGGAGAGGUUUUUGUUGCGCUUUUCUCGGCAAGUCGAGGACUAUUUCGAAGGCUCGUUUUAGUGGAACGAACAAGAUAGGUAGUUGGAGUUGUUCGAGAGUAGACUGUUUCGGAGAGUUGAAAGUUUCGAGUGGGAAGAGGAGUAUGUGUUGGAAGAGAAAUAAACUUUUCAGGGGGAGUAGGAAAAUUUGGACAAAGUGUCAGGGUAACGAUUCUUUAUCAUAUGUCAAUGGCAAUGGGCGGAAUGUUGAUAGGGUGGAAAGUGCGGAUGAGGACUCUGGUUCCAGUGCUGAAUCUUGUGAAUCUUUGGGUGAAAAUGGGCAAGAAGGGAGGAAAGAAGCUGGGGGUGAAGUAGCGGAGGAUCAAAAUGUGGAUGAAUUGAAAGAACAGCUGCAAAAGGCCAAGAAAGAAUUAGAAGCCGCUCGAGAAAACAGCGUUGUAUUUGAGGAAAAGGUUAAGAAGAUAUCAGAGACUGCGAUUUUCUUGCAAGAUGAAGCAGCAAGUGCUUGGAACAAUGUUACUUCUACCCUUGAUAUCAUCCAAGAUAUUGUGGGUCAAGAAUUUGUUGCCAAAGAAGCUGUUCAGAAAGCAACUAUGGCCCUUUCUCUGGCUGAGGCAAGGCUUCAAGUAGCCAUAGAGUCUUACGAGGCUACAAAAGAAGCUUACGAUUCCUCAGAAGGUUCUAACAACAUUAAUGAUGAUAAAGACAUAAUGCAGGAAUCGAAGGAACUUUUGGAUGCUCAGGAAGAUAUCAAGGAAUGCCAGACAAAUUUAUCAUAUUGCGAGGAUGAGCUGAGAGGCUUGCAAUGUAGAAAGGAGGAGUUGCAGAGUGAAGUGAACAAUUUGCAUGAAGUUGCAGAACAGGAGCAGCUGAAAGCAGCAAAAGCAGAUGAAGAUGUUGCAAGCAUAAUGCUUUUAGCGGAAAAAGCUGUUGCUGCCGAAAUUGAUGCUGCACAACAGGUGAAUGAUGCAGAGAUUGCAUUACAGAAAGCAGAAAAAAUUGCCUCUAGUCUUAAAGCUGAUACCAAAGACAGUCUACAAGUACAAGAGAUUGUAGCUAUUCCCGAGGACGAGGAAGUGGGUCAAGGCUUUUCUGGUGAUGAUGUCGUUAAAAGGGAGGCUGAUCUUUCAAAUGAUGAUGAGCUUUUUCUGACCGAAACAAAAUCUGACAACAGUAGGCAAAGUUUGGAAGACAUGGCACAGUCUGAUUAUCUGAGUGAUCGAGAGAACGGACAAUUAAGCUUAGACUCUUCUAAAGAAGCUGAAGUUGAAACAGAGAAGUCAAAGAAUGUAGUUCAAACAAAAAAGCAGGAAACACAAAAAGAUUUGACUAGAGAUAAUUCAUCAUUUUUUCCAAAGGCAUUAUUGAAGAAAUCUUCCCGAUUUUUUCCCGCAUCAUUCUUCUCUUUUACUGCCGAUGAGACUGAUUACACACCUGCAUCAGUUUUCCAUGGUCUUAUGGAGUCUGCACAGAAGCAACUAGCCAAGCUAAUUGUUGGGUUAUUGCUAAUUGGAGCAGGGCUUGUACUCUAUAGCAAUAGAGCCGAGAGGGGUGCUCAGCUGCUUCAGCAACCAGAAGUCAUUGCAACCACUGUUGAAGAAGUUUCUUCAACUGCAAAGCCUCUGGUUAGAAGGCUUCAGGAUCUUCCCAGGAGAAUUAAGAAAAUCAUUGCAUCAUUACCUGAUCAAGAGGUGGAUGAGGAGGAAGCCUCCCUCUUUGACAUGCUCUGGUUACUCCUUGCAAGUGUUGUAUUUGUACCAAUUUUUCAAAAGAUUCCUGGAGGUAACUAG